AUGGAGACAUACUACCCUGGGCUACCUAUUGACUUAUUCGAGGAUUCAUACCCAACACCAUCGCCUGCCCGUCCACGCGCUCUCAAUUUGAGUCGCGGCGACCCCUCGGCAUCUCCGUCGCGACCUCCCGUUCCAUCGUCGUUUCAUCUUUCAUCGGCGGGAUCGCCGACAGGAAAGAGGCGUCGCCUCUCUUCCUCCCUGCUUCCGGCGUUCUCCUGGCCUUUUUCCGACGAAUCCUCCACCACCACGCCAUCGCGGAUCGCCCCUGUUGCCUCUCAUCCUUUCACGGCAUCUAAGCGCCGUCACUGCCAUCUACGGCUGAAGCUGACGCCGUUCGGCUUGCUGUGCAGACCAGCGCCGCCGCCACCGGUCGCCUUGAAGUACAGCGAAAGGAAUGCAGGGCUGUUGGGAGCAGGGGAGUUCAGGCUGACUUUGCUUCCUUUGGCAAGUCUUUUGGUCUACUCUAACAAAGGAGAAAGAGACACUUGGCUGCCACACAACUGCCCCGGGAGGUAGGCUCGCUGCCUUGGCUCACCGGCUGACCGGGUGGGGUCGCGUGAUGUGCGGCUUGGGCUCGGAAAAGAAGAGGCCCAACGUGUAGUAAAAGAGUCGGCCUUAGCUCAUACUUGUAAAAUUGUGUAAUAGCAUUCCCAUUUCCUUUUUCUUAAUUUCUUACUUCCCAUGUGUUUCACUAUGUAAACUAGAGGGUGUUUGAUAGUAAAUUGCAUUUUCUUAGCUAGAAGACGAA